AUGAAGAGCCCAGCCCCUGCCCACAUGUGGAGCAUUGUGCUGGUCUUGCCCUCACUGCUGGCUGUGCUUCAGACCACCACUGCCAAGAAGAAUGGCAUCGAUAUCUACAGCCUCACAGUGGACUCCCAGGUGUCUUCCCGAUUUGCCCAUACUGUGGUUACCAGCCGGGUGGUCAACAGAGCCAACUCUGCUCAAGAAGCUACCUUCCAAAUAGAGCUACCCAGGAAAGCCUUCAUCACCAACUUCUCCAUGGUCAUCGAUGGUGUGACUUAUCCAGGGAUUGUCCAAGACAAGGCUGCAGCCCAGGAGCAGUACAGUGCAGCAGUGCGCCGGGGAGAGAGCGCUGGCCUCGUCAAGACCGCUGGGAGACAGACAGAGAAGUUCGAAGUGUCAGUCACCGUGGCCCCUAAUGCCAAGAUUACCUUUGAACUGGUAUACCAAGAACUGCUAAGACGGCGACUGGGAACGUACGAGCUACUCCUAAAAGUGAAGCCACAGCAACUGGUCAAGCACCUUCAGAUGGAUAUCCACAUCUUUGAGCCUCAGGGUAUCAGAUUGCUGGAGACAGAGAGUACCUUCAUGACCCAGGAGCUGGCAGAUGCCCUUACCACCUCACAGAACAAGACCAAGGCACAUAUCCGCUUCAAGCCAACACUCUCCCAGCAACAAAAGUCUCAGAAUGAGCAGGACACAGUCCUGGAUGGGGACUUCAUUGUCCGCUAUGAUGUGGAGCAGUCUGACUCUGGGGGCUCCAUUCAGAUUGAGAACGGCUACUUUGUGCACCACUUUGCCCCUGAGAGUCUUCCGACAAUGCCCAAGAAUGUGAUCUUUGUCAUUGAUAAAAGCGGAUCUAUGUCAGGCAGGAAAAUCCAGCAGACUCGAGAAGCCCUAAUCAAGAUCUUGAAUGACCUCAGCCCCAAAGACCAUUUCAACCUCAUAGUGUUCGAUUGGAAAGCAACCCAAUGGACACAAUCACUGAUGGAAGCCUCAGAAGAGAACUUGAAAAGGGCCACAGAGUAUGCUUCCAAGAUCCAUGCUCACGGAGGGACCAACAUCAAUGAUGCAAUGCUAUUGGCUGUGAAAAUGCUAGAUAGCAGCAACCAGGCUGAGCUACUGCCCAAGGGAAGUGUCUCCCUUAUCAUCCUGCUCACGGACGGUGAACCCACUGAGGGGGAGACCAAUCCUGCAAAUAUCCAAAGGAAUGUACAGGAAGCCAUCAACAACCAGUACAGCCUCUUCUGCUUGGGCUUUGGCUUUGAUGUCCACUAUUCUUUCCUGGAAAAGUUGGCACAGGAUAAUGGUGGCCUGGCCCGGCGCAUCUAUGAGGACUCAGACUCUGCACUGCAGCUCCAGGACUUCUACCACGAAGUAGCCAAUCCGCUGCUGUUGUCAGUGGCCUUUGAAUACCCAAGUGAUGCCGUGGAGGUGGUCACGCAGGACAACUUCCGACACCACUUUAAGGGCUCAGAGAUGGUGGUGGCUGGGAAGCUCCAGGACCAGGGUCUUGAUGUUCUCUCAGCUAAAAUCAGUGGGCAGAUGCAUAAGCAGAACAUCACCUUCCAAACGGAGGCCAGCAUAGCCCAAAAGGACUUCCAGAGCCCCAAGUACAUCUUUCACAACUUCAUGGAGAGACUUUGGGCACUGCUAACUAUACACCAACAGCUGGAGCAGAUGGUCUCAGCAUCAGGUGAUGAAUUAAAGGCCCUUGAAUCCCAAGCUCUGAAUUUGUCACUCAAAUACAAUUUUGUCACUCCUCUUACACAUAUGGUGGUCACCAAACCUGAAGGCCAGGAACAAUUUCAAGUUGCUGGGAAGCCCGUGGAAGCUGCCAGGAACUGUGUACUGGCUAUUUCAGCCCACUUCCAGGCUUUUCCUAUCAUCUUGCCGCUUCCUGGAUCCUGUGUGGGCCAGCUCUGUGUGGAUAUACAAUCUAGGGGAACCAUGAAGCUGUUUGAAGACCCUGGGCAGGGGCUUUUGGUGGCUGGUGAUUAUGAGAAAGGCGGGUUCUCACGGAUCAAAGUGAACAUCCAGGAGCCUCACUUGCAUAUCUAUGCAACCCCUGAACGCUUGGUGGUGACACGGGACCGAAAAAACUCUGAGUACAAAUGGAAGCAGACACUAUUCUUUGUAUUACCUGGCUUGAAGAUAACCAUGGACAAGAUGGGACUCUUCCGCCUCAGUGGCCCAGACAGAGUGAACAUUGCCCUGGUGCCCAUGGAUGAGCCUCAGAAGGGACUGAUGCUCCUUGUGGAUGACACUCAACACUUCUCCAACCGCACUGAUGGGGAACUCGGUCGGUUUUACCAGGAUAUCAUCUGUGAUCCACCAGUUGGAUCAGAUGACACAAUACGGACAUUCAGAGUUCAGGGAACACAGUACUCUACUACCAAACAGCUUAAACUGAAAUACCAAGGAGGGUCGAAUGGAACAGAUAUUUCCUGCUGGACUGUGAAGAUAUAGCUGUUAGGAACAGUGUUCCCUGCCAUGCUGCCAUUGUAUGCAGAUGUAUGCCAACAGGGCCACCAGGGAGGCCUAGAUCUCAACGGAGAAGAGGAUUCUCAUUUAUCACAAAUAAAGACUGAUGAUGUGAA